AUGGCAUUGACCUCUAAUCUAUUUACAUUUCAUACCACAUAUGCUGAAAAAAAUUUCAUCAAGAGCUAUGGCAAGCCAACAGAUCUUCUGGAGAAACUAAAUGAACUUGCAGGCUAUGCUCCUGAUGAAGAGAUAGAAUUGGUCUUCGAGAUAUAUUGUGUUUUUGCUUUUCAAGAGAUAAAGUUUGAGCCAAUGGUCAUGUAUGGGUACAUUGACAAGAGACUUACAUUUAGAUCUAACCAGUUGGAGGAUGGGGACAUUGUCUGGUAUCAAAAGUCAAUGCCUGCUCAAACAAGGAAGCUAUUUUGUUGCCCGGAUAUUCCAUAUUUCCUUGAAUACCAGCAUAGCCUUCAAGUUAUCCACUUUCGCUCCUUCGAAAAGCCUGAAAAGGAUGAAUUUUAUUUACAACUGUCAAAGCUUGAUUCAAAUGAUGAAGUUGUUAGAAAAGUAGCGAACCAACUCGGAGUUGAUGAUCCAUCCAAACUACGGCUUACAUCACACAAUAUCUACUCUCAGCGACCAAAAGCUCAUCCGAUAAGAUAUCAAGGAGUAGAAAAUUUAUUAGAGAUGCCGCUGCAUUAUAACCAUCUUUUUGAUAUUUUGUACUUUGAAGUAGUGGAUAUACCUCUGCCAGAAUUGCAAGAGUUGAGAAUCCUUAAACUAGCUUUCAGCUAUGUGGCGAACUCUGAAGUGAAAACUCAUAGUAUUAGGCUGCCAAAAGAAAGAACUGUUGGUGAUGUGCUUGAGCAUCUCAAGGAGAAGGUGAAACUUUCUUGUCCAAAUGCAGAGCUCAGGUUGCUAGUAGUAUUCUUGCACAAGAUCUAUAAGAUAUAUCCUAAUAGUGAUAAGAUCGCAGCAAUAAAUGACAAUCGCUGGACUUUACGAACAGAGGAGAUUCCAGAGGAAGAUAAGUUUCUUGGCCUAAGUAAAUGUUUGAUUCAUGUGUGUCACUUCAUGCACGAGGAUGCUCAAAAGCAGAUGCGAAUUAAAAAUCUUGGAAAGCCAUUUUUAUUGAUGAUCAAUGAUGGUGAAACUUUGUCUCGUAUUGAGGUUCGUGUGCAGAACAAGUUGCAAGUACGAUAUGAGGAAUUUUCCAAGUGGAGAUGUGCUUUUGUGUCGCAUAGUCAAGCACAAUACUUGGAGGACUCAGAUACUUUGUUCGACCAUUUCUAG